UUGAUACUGAGGCCGGCUGGGAGGACGCCACGGCGCCGCUCCCAAGACCACCGCGGCGGGGCCUGAGCUCCGGUGUCACGCAGACCUUCCUUUCCGCGGCGGGGCCCGGGCCGUCUCUCCCGCACACCGGCCGGGACAGGGGCGCCCCAUCGAUGCGCUCCGCCGCUCGGCUCCCUACGCCUGAGCCCUGCCCGCUCGAGCCCCUUCCCCCUCCCGGCCGCUUCCCACUUCCAAGAUGGCUGCGGGUGCAGCCGAACAGUUUCUCCUUGGACCAAGAUGACUGAUGGAAAACUCUCCACCUCUACAAAUGGCGUAGCCUUGAUGGGCAUUCUGGAUGGUCGACCAGGAAACCCCCUUCAGAACCUGCAACACGUCAAUCUCAAGGUGCCCCGACUCCUCUCAGCGCCUGAGUACGGGCCCAAGCUGAAACUCAGGACUUUAGAAGACCGGCACAGCCUCCAGUCCGUGGACUCGGGGAUUCCUACCCUGGAGAUCGGGAACCCGGAGCCUGUGCCCUGCAGCGCGGUCCACGUGAGGAGGAAGCAGUCCGACUCCGACCUCAUCCCCGAGCGGGCCUUCCAGAGCGCCUGCGCGCUGCCAUCCUGUGCGCCACCAGCUCCUAGCAGCGCCGAGCGGGAACAGAGAGUGCGCAAAUCCUCCACGUUUCCCAGGACAGGCUAUGACUCGGUAAAGCUCUACAGCCCGACCUCCAAAGCCCUGACCCGCAGCGAUGAUGUCUCUGUCUGCAGCGUGUCCAGUCUUGGGACAGAGCUGUCCACCACGCUGUCUGUCAGCAAUGAGGACAUCUUGGACCUUGUGGUCACGAGCAGCUCCAGUGCCAUUGUGACCCUGGAGAAUGACGAUGACCCACAGUUUACCAACGUCACCUUGAGCUCUGUCAAGGAAACCAGUGGCUUACACCAGCAGGACUGUAUUCAUGAAGCUGAGGAGGGGAGUAAAUUGAAAAUAUUGGGGCCGUUUAGUAGCUUCUUCGCAAGGAAUUUGCUUGCUAGAAAACAAAGUGCAAGACCUGACAAACACAGUGACCUGGGAUGGAAGUUAUUUGGGAAAGCACCACUCCGAGAGAAUGCUCAGAAGGAUUCAAAGAGAAUACAGAAGGAAUAUGAAGACAAGGCUGGAAGACCUAGCAAGCCACCCUCUCCAAAGCAGAAUGUGAGGAAGAAUCUUGACUUUGAACCACUUUCCACCACCGCACUCAUCCUCGAGGACAGACCAGCAAAUCUCCCAGCAAAACCAGCUGAAGAAGCUCAGAAGCACAGACAGCAGUAUGAAGAAAUGGUGGUUCAGGCCAAAAAGCGAGAGCUGAAAGAAGCCCAGCGGAGGAAGAAGCAGCUGGAAGAAAGAUGUAGAGUCGAGGAAAGCAUUGGAAACGCUGUGCUCACCUGGAAUAAUGAGAUCUUACCCAACUGGGAAACAAUGUGGUGCUCUAGAAAAGUUCGAGAUUUAUGGUGGCAGGGAAUCCCUCCAAGUGUGAGAGGCAAAGUCUGGAGCUUAGCCAUUGGCAACGAGUUAAAUAUCACCCACGAGCUCUUUGACAUCUGUCUUGCCCGAGCAAAGGAGAGGUGGCGGUCCUUUAGCACGGGAGGCUCUGAAGUGGAGAAUGAAGAUGCUGGUUUUUCAGCAGCAGACAGAGAAGCCAGUCUGGAGCUUAUUAAACUGGACAUUUCUAGAACGUUUCCUAAUCUCUGCAUUUUCCAGCAAGGUGGUCCAUAUCAUGACAUGUUGCACAGUAUUUUGGGCGCUUAUACUUGUUACCGACCAGAUGUGGGUUAUGUCCAGGGCAUGUCCUUCAUAGCAGCAGUGUUGAUCUUGAACUUAGAUACUGCAGAUGCCUUUAUUGCUUUUUCUAACCUUUUGAAUAAACCCUGUCAAAUGGCGUUUUUCAGAGUGGACCAUGGCCUUAUGUUGACUUAUUUUGCUGCAUUUGAGGUAUUCUUUGAAGAAAAUUUGCCGAAAUUGUUUGCCCAUUUCAAGAAGAACAACCUAACUCCAGAUAUCUACCUAAUUGAUUGGAUCUUUACCUUAUAUAGUAAAUCUCUGCCCCUCGACCUGGCCUGUCGUAUCUGGGACGUGUUCUGUCGCGAUGGGGAAGAGUUCCUGUUCCGCACGGCCCUGGGCAUCCUGAAGCUGUUCGAGGACAUCCUGACCAAGAUGGACUUCAUCCACAUGGCCCAGUUCCUGACCCGGCUGCCCGAGGACCUGCCUGCCGAGGAGCUGUUUGCCUCCAUCGCCACGAUCCAGAUGCAAAGCCGAAACAAGAAGUGGGCUCAGGUCAGCGGGCUUCGUGUUCUUGGCUUCCCACAGCGUAGCUGGAAAGUGGCGUGCUCAGGGAGGACCCUACAUUAAGUGCUGUCUGAGGACGUAGCCCCUUUGAAGGAGGUCCCGGGCUAGAAGUGAGGGGGGCUGGGUGGAGAUGUGGCUGUGCCACAGGGCGUCUUGGCAGGUCGCCUCCUCUUCGGGUUUCUGUCAACUGGAUGGGGUGUGGAUAAUGAAAGCCUUCCCACCUCUUCUGCAGUGGCGUUGGGAGGGUCAGCACUUUUAACAUUAGGGCGCUCUUUACAUGUUAGAAAGUAUUUUAUAAGCGACAUCCCCCACUUUUUAAAAAAAUAAUACCAGAGACAGAAAGCAAAGUGGACCCACUUGCUGAGCCCCGUGGCCAUGCCCUGUGGCAGGCUUUUGUGUGUGCCCUCGAGAAGGAAGUGGGGUUAUGCCCCUCUUACAACAAAGGGAGGCCCAGAGAGGAGGGCACGGGUCCUUCCUGGGCCUUCCCAUGCACUGCUGUGCCCUCUCUGGACUGCGUGCCCUGAGCAGCGGUGCAGACAGUCCAUGUCCCUCGGCUCCCCUCCAGGCAUCCCUGUUAUGUCCUGUCCCCAGUGGGAUUGACCUGCAUUUUCUGUUCCGAGUCUUCGUCAUACUAAAAAGGAAAAAGAACCAGUCUGGGUUCUUGAUCCUGCAUAUGCUCAGCAUUGGUUUGAAGUCCUUGUUGAUUGACGUCUAUGAAGACUUUUACUUUUCCGUAUGUGUUACACCGUGCCUGGGGGAUUUCUUUGUUUUGAGACAGGGUCUCGCUGUGUCAUCCAGGCUGGAGUGCAGCCUCUGCCUCCCAGGCUCAAGUGACCAUACCACCUCAGCCCCCCGAAAUGUCUGUUCUUGAUUUAACUUUUUUUUUUAAUUAAUGGAAGAUUUAAAAUAUUUACAAAAAUAGAAUAACGUAAAAUAACACACCCCACACGCCUGCCCUCAAGCGUCAGUGACUGUGGAGGCGCAGCCUCUGUUGGAGCUGCUUCCCACCUCUCCCCUCCCCACCAUGUUAAAGCGAGUCCCAGGCACCAUGUCACCUGUUGGUGUUAGCGAUCGCUGAACCAUAUGGGCUCUUUUAACAUAACUGCAAUAGCGUUACCACUCAGCUCCUAACUCCUUCCUGUCAUCUGAUAUCCAUCCAGUUGUCAAAUUCAGAUGUCAUAAACGGCUUUAUAGUUUGCUGGAAUCAAGAUCUAAAUAAGUCCAUGCCUUGUGAUUGGUUGAAAGCUCCUGUUAAGCCUCUGUAGUAUCUAUGCCGCUACGCCACUUCUCAUUUUUUAGCCCUCUCUUGCUUGCCUUUAUUUGUCAAAGAAAACAAGUCAUUUAGGCCAGGCACAGUGGCUCACACCUGUAAUCCCAGCACUUUGGGAGGCCAAGGUUGGGGGAUCACUAGAGC